GUGAUAAAAUUGGAGUCCUGACUUCGUGCGUUAGCUGAUUGUAGCAGCACUCUGACUUUAAACGGAGUGUACGUCGAUAUUUAGCGCGGUGUGUGAUCUGACCCUGGAGCGGUAGCGCGAUAUCGUCCGCCGAAUACAAACAACAUGUCAACAGCGGUAAUGUCAGCGCUUUUUCUCUCCAAGCGUCUGCAACCGUGGACCGGAAUAAAGUUCACCGCAAACAGCCUGAGACUUGCGGUUUGCUGCCAGAGGAUGAAGUCAUCGUAUACUCCUCCUCCUGCUAAAUAUGGGGGCAGACACACUGUGACUUUGAUACCUGGUGAUGGUAUUGGGCCGGAACUACUGAACCACGUCAGAGAUGUCUUCAGAUACUGCUGUGUCCCAGUGGAUUUUGAGAUUGUCAAUGUGGAUUCAUCUGUUGCAUCUGAGAGUGACAUCCACAACGCCAUUACUGCAAUCAAACGGAAUGGAGUCGCACUUAAGGGUAACAUAGAGACCAAUCACAACCUUCCUCCAUCUCAUAAAUCCAGGAACAAUUUGCUUCGGACGUCUUUGGACCUGUAUGCUAACGUGAUGCACUGUCAGUCACUUCCUGGAGUCCCGACCCAUCACAAAGGCAUCGAUAUCAUCAUUAUAAGGGAGAAUACUGAAGGAGAGUAUAGCAGCCUGGAGCAUGAGAAUGUUCCUGGGGUUGUUGAGAGUUUAAAGAUAAUAACGCGUGUGAAUUCAUUGCGGAUUGCUGAAUAUGCCUUUAAAUUGGCCAGGGAAAAAGGACGCCGUAAGGUCACGGCUGUACACAAAGCUAAUAUCAUGAAGCUGGGCGAUGGCCUUUUUCUGCAAUGCUGUAAAGAGGUUGCAGCUGGAUAUCCUGAUAUCACAUUUGAUAACAUGAUCGUGGAUAAUACUACUAUGCAGCUGGUCUCUAAGCCCCAGCAGUUUGAUGUGAUGGUGAUGCCUAAUCUCUAUGGAAAUGUGGUGAGCAAUGUGUGUGCUGGACUCGUUGGAGGUCCAGGUCUGGUACCAGGAGCCAACUACGGCAAGGAUUACGCUGUUUUUGAGAACGGCACUAGGAACACUGGGAAAAGCAUUGCUAACAAGAAUAUCGCAAACCCUACAGCCACACUGCUGGCCAGCUGCUUGAUGCUCGAUCACUUGAAACUUCAUGCAUAUGCCAGUAUGAUUCAAAAUGCAGUCCUGAAAACUUUGUCUGAAAUUCGGUUGCACACAGCUGACUUGGGAGGACAGGGCACAACCUCUGAGGUGGUGCAGUCCGUAAUGCAUGAGAUCCAGAGAGGAGGACCACGCACGUCAGAACAGAUCUGAACUUCAUGCCAACAGGUGCUAUAUUCAGAAUCAACAUUAAAGAAGUGUUCACUCUUUAUAGGGGGAAUCUUCAAUCAAAACAGGCUGUGUGUAUAUGCAACUUUGACCUUUUUAAGAGAAAAAUGUCUUCCAUUUGUUCAUGCAGUCUGUACACCUCCAUAUCAGUAAUGUCAAAAGAUUAUGAAGUUUAUGAACUUCACUAAAUUACUUUUAUGAAUACAGGGUCCUGAUUUCUCGAAUAAAGAAAUGCACUAAAUAUCAGCACUUUGUAUAUCAGUCAUGAUGAAGACCAGCGCACACUCAUUGGAAAAGUAGACAGGAAUGUACCACACAACAUAGACAACCAUAACAUACUUCUGGAUAAACAACUCUAGAUAAAUAUAGAUGAAAUAUAAUCCAAAACGCAAAGCUUUUAUUUCUUGAAUAUUCCUGUAUAAAUGUCACUGAUGUUAUUUAUCUAAUAUAUGCAGUCUGUGCAUCUGUAUGUUUGCCACAGUGCAGUGGGCACUUUAUUUUUCCCGUAUCUUCAUCUAAAUUUAUGAAACUUGUUUUUUGUUGACUGACAAUGCUCCAAGCACUUUCAUUAAUAAAUUCUUACCCAUUACCUUUUCAAA